UCUGAUUGAAUUCCCGAAAGUGCCCCAAAAAACCUAAACAUUUUGCUCUACACUCAGUUGAGCGGCCUUUUUCCCUCCACUCUCACUCCUCCACCACUGUCCGAGAGGCUGGGACUAGUCGUGAUUCUCCAAACAAUUAGAAUCGGAUAGCGAGGAAGGUUCUGUUGGAAUGGACUCCGCAGAAUUGAAGUCACAACACCGACAGUUUUCAAUUAAACUGUGGCCUCCUAGUCAGAACACCCGGCAGAUGCUUGUGGUACGUAUUAGAGGCAACCUUACCUCUAGUUCUAUUUUCACUCAGAAGUAUGGUAGUCUUAAUGACAAUGAGGCCGAGGAUAAUGCAAUACAAAUUGAGGAUGUGGCUUUUGACACUGCAAAUAAACACUAUGAAAUGGAGCCUGAUGGUGAUGGAAGUUCUGCAGUGCAGCUUUAUGCCAAGGAAUGCAGCAAGCUCAUUUUGGAAGUUCUCAAAAGAGGCCCUAGAACCAAGGAAGACAGAGAGCCUGCAUCUGAGAAAGUUAAUGCAUUCCAAGAGACCUUUUUUGAUAUAUCAAAGGGUCCUAGGGCAUUUAUUGAGGCAGCGGAAGCUGAGGAGCUUCUGAGUCCAUUAAAGGAGCCAGAGAAUUCGUUCACUAAAAUAUGCUUUAGCAAUAGAAGCUUUGGAUUAGGAGCUGCUCGUGUUGCUGAGCCCAUUUUGCUUUCCAUCAAGGACCAGCUGAAGGAAGUUGACCUAUCUGAUUUUAUUGCUGGACGACCUGAGAUCGAAGCUCUAGAAGUUAUGAAUAUAUUCUCAGCUGCACUCGAAGGUAGCAUAUUGAAAUCUCUGAACCUAUCAAACAAUGCUUUGGGUGAGAAGGGUGUUAGAGCAUUUGGGGCACUCCUUAGAUCGCAGCACGCCCUGGAGGAGCUCUAUCUGAUGAAUGAUGGGAUAUCUGAGGAAGCUGCAAGAGCGGUUUGCGAUUUAAUUCCAUCAACAGCGAAGCUUAGGGUCCUCCACUUUCAUAAUAACAUGACAGGAGAUGAGGGGGCACUUGCCAUCUCGGAGGUCGUGAAACGCUCUCCUUUGUUAGAGGAUUUUCGGUGCUCCUCUUCAAGGAUUGGUUCAGAAGGAGGAGUUGCAUUAUCUAAAGCACUUGAGACUUGUACCCAACUGAAGAAGCUUGACCUUCGUGAUAACAUGUUUGGUGUAGAGGCUGGAGUUGCUCUGAGUAAAGCUUUCUCGAAGCUCACGGAUUUAAAAGAGGUGUACUUGAGCUACUUGAACUUAGAAGAUGAGGGUGCAAUUGCUAUAAUAAAUGCUCUAAAGGAGUCGGCUCCUUUGCUUGAAGUUAUGGAGAUGGCUGGAAAUGAAGUUACAGCUGAAGCUGCUCCUACUAUAGCUUCUGCUUUAGCAGUAAAGCAGCAUCUUACUAAGUUGGAUUUGGCAGAAAAUGAACUCAAGGAUGAAGGUGCUAUCCAGAUUGGUAAGGCCUUGGAUGAAGGCCAUCUGCAGUUACUGGAAGUUGAUAUGAGUGCCAACUCAAUUAGGAGGGCUGGAGCACGGCUCUUGGCUCAGGUUGCGGUUCAGAAGCCUGGGUUUAAGUUGCUGAACAUUGAUGGGAAUUUUAUAUCCGAUGAAGGCAUUGAUGAGGUAAAAGAGAUGUUCAAGAAAUGUACUAAUGCACUUGGAUCUUUGGAUGAGAAUGAUCCUGAAGGGGGAGAUGAAAAUGAUGAAUCUGGAAACGAUGAAGAUAAUGACGAUGAUCUGGAAUCAAAACUGAAGAAUCUUGAAGUUGGGCAAGAGUAGAUUUCUUCCAUGGCAUUUUCAUUUUUCAUUUUGCUGCUCUAGUAGCAUCUGGAAUUGUUGGAGACAUCCACAAUAUUUUCGUUAGACUAGUCCAUUGGACCUUUACUAUGUAUUAUUAGGGAAGCUUGUUACUUGAGGAGAAGCAUGGCUCCCCUUUAUUUUAUCACUACCAGCCUAGAAACACUAGAUUUAGCAUUUGAUCUAAUGCAAAAUCUUGUAGCAGAGUCAGCUCUAUGCAUUUGACAUUUAUGCCAUUUUUCCAGGCAACA